AUGGGUCCACUAGGGGAUAACCUUAAAGUAACCUUAUAUAAUCUUGAAGUCAAUUUUACUUCUUGUUUACUACCCCUUGGAUGCCUUAACGAGGACUUCUCACGACCUAUUCCGAGGGAGCAAGAUAUAUCUGGAAUCACAAUGGCAUUCUACUACGCCAAUGCCCUACACAAGCAUAACUGGCUCGGUGGGGGCGCCGCCGCUUAUGUCUAUCACGUCAGCCCAACGAUUGCAGUGAAGACCAUCCGCCUCGACCUGAGCGAUCGGGAAAAGGAGUCGUUAGAAGAGCACCAGUUGACCAAGGACAUAGCGUUUUACAAGCUACUCAAUGAGCGUCAAGACCGUUGCCCACAUAUAGUUGAAUGCUUCCUGAUACUCCCCGACCAUCUAUUUCUAUCAUUCUGCUCGAGCGGGGCAAUAGGAAAGCGAUACUAUGAGCGUCAAGAGCGAGAAAACGACCACCUCUUCGGUCGACUGCUACGGCUUACCUCUGCUCUGGAGUACGUGGAAAAGAUGGGCUACUGUCACAACGACCUGAGGCCAGGCAACUAUCUUCUAGAUGCAAGGCUAAAUUUAAAACUGACUGACUUUGGCUGUGCGACCACCAUCGGCCAGUACCUGGAGUAUACCGGAGCGCCGUGGGCGGCGAGGUUAUCCGGUGGUCCGCUGCAGGGCACUUUUGGGCUCUGCUCUGCUAGGACGGAGCAGUUUGCUCUUGGGUCGAUGGUGUAUUUCCUGGUGUAUGGUCACGAGCCGCAUGAGGAGAAGAACCUUGAAAGACCAGAGCUUAUUCGGCGAUUCGAUAAGAUGGAACUGCCUGAGCUGGACAGUCAUGAGGUCUUUGACGGGCUGAUAUGGGGGUGUUGGUAUAAUGUGUAUCCUACCAUGGCAUUGGCGGCGUAUGACUUUAAGCGAAAGACCAAGGACAUUGUGUCAGUCGUAGGGCGUAAGGAGGACGAACCAGAAGCCAUGACUAUCAAUGACCGGGCGAAGGAGACGAGAAUUUGCGAGGGUCUGGUUCGCAAGGGGAUACUGGGAGCAGAACUGGCGUUUCGCUUCCAGCCGUUGUGGUGGAGGUAUCUACAUGCCACGAGGAGCCGUUUCAUCUCGCAGUGGCACUUCCUGAUGGGCCUGCUGGGGAAUAUCCGGCGCUGGCUACCACUCUGA